AUGUUCACUAAACAUCUCCCACUCCUACUACCACUCUUCUCACUAUUUCUCAACUUCACUUCAACAACCUCCGGCCAAGAAUGUCCAUAUCCAUGUUACCCUCCACCGACCGGCCCGGUAAACAACCCUCCAGUGUACAUAACUCCACCACCUCCACCACAAGGAUCAAGUUAUAAUAAUUAUCCACCUCCAUCAAGUGGUGGUGGUGGUUAUAAAAAUUUUCCACCUCCAUCCAGUGGUGGUGGUGGUGGUUAUAAUAAUUAUCCACCUCCAUCAAGUGGUGGUGGUGGUGGUUAUAAGAAUUUUCCACCUCCAUCACAUGAUGGUUAUAAUAAUGUCCCAUAUAACUCUCCACCUAAAAAUGGCUAUGUAAAUGGUUUAGUGCCACCACCUCCUAAUCCAAUCUUGCCUUGGUGGCCAUAUCGUGUAGGAAAUCGUGGUGAUCAAUUCUCUUCAUCAAUCUCAAUUCAAGAAUCAACAACCAUGAUGAUCAUCUCUACUAUUGUUCCAAUCCUUUCCUUGUUUUUCACUUUGCCCCUCCAUUAA